AUGGAUAACAACCAGUUCAGUGGAAAUAUUGGAGAAGGUUUGAAGAGGUUGAUAUCACUGACGGUACUUGACAUGUCAAAAAACUAUCUCACAGGUGUUAUUCCAAGCUGGAUUGAAGAACUUUGGAGCUUGUAUAUGCUAUCCCUUUCAAACAAUAUGUUGGAAGGUGAAAUACCAAUAUCUUUGUUCAACAUGUCUUUUCUUGGACCAUUGGACCUCUCUGCAAACAAGUUAUCCGGGGCCAUACCUCCACGGCUCAAUUCAAUGUUUAAAGUUGUGUUAAACCUGGAAGAUAACAACCUGACAGGGACUAUCCCAGACACAUUGCUGGAAAAUGUUUCCGUUCUUGAUCUCAGAAAUAACAAAUUCUCUGGUAAUAUUCCAGAGUUCAUCAACACUCAAAACAUCAGUAUUCUACUUUUGAAGGGAAACAACUUAACAGGCGCUAUUCCUCUCAACAUUUGUGACUUCAGCAGAAUCAAACUCCUGGAUCUUUCUAACAAAAGACUGAAUGGAUCCAUACCUUCAUGUCUGAGCAAGACAUCAUUUGGUAGAGGAAAAGACUCUGAGACAUCUGAUUACGAUUACUCUGAGACAUCUGAUUACGAUUUCAACAUAAGAUUUGAUAGUAUAUGUAUGGAAAGUGACGGCAUUACCCCCAAAAAUUCAAGAAGAUAUUACAACUCUCUGCUUGUGUUAGACCCUUUUACUAUGGAGUAUACCACAGCCGUCCAGACUAAAAUAAAUUUUUCAGCAAAACAUCGGUACGAUACCUACAUGGGAGGAAAUCUCAGAUAUAUGUUUGGGUUGGACCUCUCAGAAAAUGAGCUCAGUGGUGAGAUCCCAGAAGAGCUUGGAGAUCUUUUGGAACUACAUGCGCUGAAUCUUUCACGCAACAGUUUAUCAGGUGCCCUCCCAGAAAGUUUUUCCAGGCUAGACAAUAUGGAGAGCCUUGACCUUUCUUUCAACAGUUUACAAGUCCGAAUCCCAUCACAACAGACAGAGAUGAGAAGUCUUGUUGUCUUCAAUGUCUCUUACAACAAUCUAUCUGGCGUCAUUCCACAGGGAAGACAGUUUAACACCUUCGAUGAAAGCAGCUACAUUGGUAAUCCUCAUCUCUGUGGAAAACCCACAGGUAGAAGUUGUAGUAACAAUGUUUCAGAAGAACCAGAAGAUGGGGUUGAAGAUGAUGAAGAUGUAGUCUUCAUGGAAUCUUUCCGCAUGAGUUUUGUUGUAGGCUAUGUGAUCAUAGUGCUGGUAAUACUCGCUUCAGUCUCUUGUGAUUCUCCUUGGCGUAGAGAUUGGUUUAGUGUUGUCGAUGCUUUUAACCGCAUGAUGAAAAGUUUGUCAUCCUAA